AUGAAGAAUCUCUGUUCUCAACUCAACUCUCUUCUCCCUAGUUAUGAUCCCAAGUUAACUCAGAAAGCGUUGGCUGUGCCUGAUCAAAUAGACGAAGCAAUAAAGCACAUCCAAACCCUAGACAUGAGGUUGAAGAUGGCGAAGGAGAAGAAAGAAAGGUUAAUGGAAAGGAAGAGAACUUGUAGUGGUUCAUCAGGUGCUUUUGAAGCAGGAGGUAGACUAAAACCACCAAAAAUGGAAAUUCAUGAAACGGGUUCUGCGAUUGAAAUCAUUCUAACAUGUGGGGUCGAUUACCACUUCGUUUUGUGUGAAAUUAUUCGAAUAUUGCAUGAAGAGAAUGUUGAGGUUAUCACUGCCAAUUCUUCGUUUGUUGGAGAUUCAGAGAUUCAUGUUGUGCAUGGGGAGGUUUGGAAAUCUAUGUUCCAAUCUGGAGCUAGCAGAGUGAGUGAGAAGCUGAAAUGGUUCGUAAACGGAUCCAUCAGCGAUGUAGAAAUGGAGCCUGAAUUGUGGAAUUCUGAAAUUGCAGCUACACUGCUUCUAGAUCCUACCCUAGACAAUGGCUUACCACUAAAUUAA